AUGAGCGCAUUGUCAGGCGCAUCCCGUCGUCAAUUACUUACUCCUGAUGUUAAUCCACCGAACAAACCUGAUGAUCCAUCAACAUUCGGAACAUUCUAUCGUGCAUCAUCGGCUGUUUCAACAAGUGAUAUCAAUUUUCCAAAAGUUUUCAGCAAAUCUGAUGAAGUCGGUGAACAAACUUUAUAUCAAGUCGAAAUUGUCAAUGAAAAACUACAACGCAAAGCAUACCGAUCGGAAUUAGCUAGUAAAAAGAAAUGCCUAACACGACGAUGGCAAACAGCAUUAGCCGUCGGCUUACUUCUCGGCUCAUUAGCGAUUGGAUUAGGUGCUAUUGGAUAUUGGAUGUCAAUUCCAAAGACGAUCUCGCAACCGUACUUGCUCUACGGAGAAUCAUGUUAUAUGAAUUCUCGUUCGUGUGACGAAUCUCGUUUGCUUUGGUGUCCAGCAGGCACAUGUAUAUGUACGUCAAAUUUCAAUUGGAAUUCGACAAUACAAAAUUGUACAUGCGGAGCGGGCUCAACUUACAACGGUUUUCGUUGUCAAGGCUUAGGUUAUUAUGGUGAUCCAUGUACUUAUGUCGGUUGUCAUGCAACAUUAACAUGCACUCAAGUUGCGAAUCAAACAUAUACAACUGGUCAAUUCAUAUGCGUAUGUGACAAUGCUACUUACUUAGAUACAAUUUCUGGCAGUGCAACACUUGGUCAAUGUGUUCCUCGAUUACCAUAUAAUUCCAGUUGUUUAGCAGAAACCGAUUGUCAGGACUGGCUAGGUCUUCAAUGUCUCAAUAUGUCAGGAAGUUCACGAUGUGGAUGUGAUCCAUUGACAUCGUACUGGGAUCCAUCAGCAGGCAUAUGCAAAUCAAAGGUUCUUGGAUGGGAUCCGUGUAAUUCGUCUGUUCCAUGCGAUACAACGAGAGGUUUGACAUGUGUGUCAGGUUAUUGUGAAUGUGAUGCAUACAGUUUCUGGGAUAAUGUUACAACAAAAUACUGUCAAACACUGAAAACAUACGCCGUCACUUGCCAAUACAAUUUUCAAUGUAAUCAAACAGUCAAUCUGUCAUGUCCAUCAACAAGUACUGGCUGUAAUUGUUAUGCGACAUCGUACGCCGGUAUGUGCGAUUGUCAACUCGGCAAUUUCUGGGACGGUCUUCGAUGCACACCUGUACACAUAUUUAACGGAACAUGUCCGGGACAAUAUGCUUGUGCAUCGAAUCUGGUUUGCUAUCUAGGGCAUUGUAUAUGUCCGGGUAAUAUGCAGUGGGGUGUGGUAACUGCAGGUCAAUGUGAUUGUGCACCGCCGACAACGUGGACCAAUACAACUAACCAAUGUAUAUGA